AUGCUGGACGAGGUGCACCCCAUGUUGUGCCAGGCGUGUGUGGAUCUCCACAGGUGGGGGAUGCUGGGGGGAGGAGGGGAGAUCAGAUCUCUGCCGCUUUUACAUCUCCUGCCCUGGCAGGGGCUGGGUUGUGUUGGCGGGACCCGGGCCGCUGUCGGUUCCCAUCCACAAACUCAUCCAGUUUUCGCGCCUUUGGGCUCCCUUCUCCCCGGGGGCCGCAGCCCCGCGCGUGGCCAGCCCUCCCCAGCUGGGCUUUUCCCUCCCCUUGACACCUCUCCAGCCCCCCUGUCCGGUUUCUCCUGUCAGAGCAGGAGCCCAGCGCAAACCAAUGGCGGAGGGAGCGGGGGAAAGGCCCCCUAUAUAGCCCCGGGACUCCGCGGCGCUCCUAGUCUGCGCCGAGCCGGCUCCAGGCGCAGCGCAGCGCAGCGCCCCGCGCAGCCCGAGCUCCCGGAGGAGGGUGAGUCGGAGAUGGUGCGACUCACGCCGGCCCUGCUGCUCUUCGCCGCCAGCCUGGCCCUGGCCCUGGCCCUGGCCCGAGAGGCCCGGAAGGAUGGUUCCCGACCGGCCAAGACCGACGUGCUGGGGAAACACCGGAAAAAGAGGCCUGAGGGAAAGCCUCUCCGCGUGGGCACAGCAGGCGCCACCGAGUGGACCUCCUGGUUCAAUGUGGACCACCCCGGCGGGGAGGGCGAUUACGAGAGCCUGGAGGCCGUCCGCUUCUACUACCGGGAGCGGGUGUGCGCCCGGCCAGUCUCCAUCCAGGCCCGCACCACCGAGUGGGAGCUGCCCGAGGACGUGGGCGAGAUCGUGCACUACAGCCCCGAGAAGGGAUUCUGGUGCAUCAACCGGGAGCAGCCGGGGGGCAGAACCUGCUCCAACUACCACGUCCGCUUCCUGUGCCCCGUGGAGCACGACGACUGGUCGCACUGGUCCGCCUGGAGCGCCUGUUCCAGACCCGCCUGCGGGGACAGCGGGCUCCAGACUCGACAGCGCAGCUGCUUCCAAGGCCAGCCCCGGGCCGGGUUGCAGCCCAAGUGUGCGGGGAAAGCCACGCAGAGACGGGCGUGCAGCGCCGGGCCCUGCACAGAUGCUGGGUGGAGCGAGUGGGGUGCCUGGAGCCCUUGCUCCAAGAGCUGCGGUAGCGGUGGGAAGCGAGUCCGGCAUCGGAGCUGCAAGAAAUCCAAGAAUUCCCACUGUGUCGGCCGCCCCUCGGAGGUGCAGAAAUGCGCCCGGACACCCUGCCCAGACUGCCAGCUGAGCUGCGCCCUGGGUGCGGCGAACAAGAACUGCAGCAGCUGCACGUGCCAGGAUCACACCCUGGUGGGCACCGUCCUGAGCGCCGAGGGGGCCGCCCUCGCCAAUGCCCGGGUCUCCCUCAAGGCCAAGCCCCAGGCCGUGCUGGCCAGGACCGACCGCCGGGGCAGCUUCAGCAUCCGGGGGGUCUGUGCCAGCAGCGGGGCCAAUGUCAGCGUCCAGUUGGAGACGUUCACCCCGGGCGAGGCUCAGAUUGUCUCCAAUGGCUCCAGGAGGUCGUUGGUGCAGGUCACGCUCCAGAGGCUGGAGAAGCCCUACAUAGUGAUGCACCCCGAGUCCAAGGUGCGGGUGGCAGGCCAGGGCGUGACUCUCUGCUGUGCGGCCUCCGGCAACCCCCUGCCCACGAAAUAUCACUGGUACCACAACGGGACGCUCCUGGACCGGAAACUCCACAAGUACAACGGCAGCUUGGUGCUGCGGGACCUGGAGCUGCACCAGGCCGGAUUCUAUCACUGCAAAGCCAGCACUGACGUGGGCUCCAUCAAAUCCUCCCCCGCGUUCCUGACCGUGACUGGCCAGGGGCAGCCGAGCUGCAAGGCCGAGCCGGAGGAAUACCUCAUCAAGCUGCCCAGCGAGUGCUUCCAGGAGGCCGGGCGCUCCCCAUACUACAAUGUGGGGCGCUGCCCCGAUGUCCGCUGCGCCGGGAGCCUGAAGGACGAGCUGCAGUGCCGGGAUGGGGCGGGACACUGCUGCAGGGUCCGGCGCAUGGAAGUGCGGGAGAUCCACUGUGCCGGCUCAGUCCUGCCCGUCAAGGUGGUGGCCGAGUGCGGCUGCGAGAGAUGCGCCCGGCGCAAGAUCCUGGUGCACGGCCGGGUGACGGCGGCCGACGACGGGGAGCCGCUGCGCUUUGGCCAGAUCUUCCUGGGCAAAGAGACCAUCGGCUUCACUGGCUACAAGGGCACCUUCGCCAUCGACGUGCCCCCGGACACACGGCGGCUGGUGGUGCGGUUUGUGGACCGGCUGCAGAAGUUUGUGGACACGGUCAAGGUCCUGCCCUUCGACCCCCGGGGCGGCGCCGUCUACCAGGACAUCAAGGUGAUGCGGAAGAAAGAGCCGGUGGACCUGGACCCCACGCAGGCCAAUACCAUCCUGCUGGGGGAGCUGGAGGGCCAGGAGCCGGUGGGGGAGAUGGUUAUACCAGCUGCAUCCUUCCUCCGGCCCAACGGGGAGGUAUACAAUGGCACCGUCAAGGCCAGCGUGACCUUCCUGGACCCCCGGGACGUCACCACGGCGGCCGCUGCCUCCAGCGACCUCAACUUCAUCAACGCCGAGGGGGAUCUCUUCCCCCUGAGGACCUACGGCAUGUUCUCCGUGGACUUCCGGGAGAGCGAGUCCAACCAGGUGCUGCAGACGGGCCGGGUGGAGGUGUGGGUGGACACGGAACAGAUCCGCAUGCCCGAGCACCUCCAGAAGAUGAAGCUGUGGUCCCUGAACCCCGAGACAGGCCUGUGGGAGGAGGAAGGCGCCUUCCGCCGGGCCAAGGAGCGGCGGGGCAAGCGGGAGGAGAGGGCCUUCUUGGUUGGCAACGUGGAGAUCCGGGAGAGGCGGCUCUUCAACCUGGACGUGCCCGAGAGCCGCCGCUGCUUCGUCAAAGUCCGGGCCUACAUCAACGAGAAGUUCAUCCCCAGCGAGCAGCUGGAGGGGGUGGUUGUCACCCUCAUCAACCUGGAGCCCGAGCCCGGCUACUCCUCCAACCCCCGGGCCUGGGGGCGCUUCGACAGCGUCCUCACCGGGCCCAACGGAGCCUGCCUGCCGGCCUUCUGCGACGGCCAGCGGGCCGACGCCUACACGGCCUAUGUGACCGCCACCAUUGGCGGGGAGGAACUGGAGGCAGUGCCCUCCAGCCCCAAGCUCAACCCCAACGCCGUGGGGGUGUCCCAGCCCUACCUCAACAAACUGGGCUACCGCCGGACAGACCACGACGACCCCCGCCUCAAGAAGACAGCCUUCCAGAUCAACCUGGCCAAGCCCAACCCCAACAACAUAGAUGAGGUCAACGGGCCCAUCUACGCCUACCGGAGCCUGAGGGAGUGUGAGGAGGCGCCCAUUGCCGACAACCACUUCCGCUUCUACCGGGUGGAGGUGGACAAGUACGAGUACAACGUCGUGCCCUUCAAGGAGAGCGACCUGGCCUCUUGGACUGGCGACUACCUGUCCUGGUGGCCCAAUCCCCAGGAGUUCAGGGCCUGCUACAUCAAGGUGAAAAUCAGUGGGCCUCAGGAAUACAUGGUGAGGUCCCGGAGCGUGGGCGGCAGCCACCCCCGGACACGUGGCCAGCUGUACGGCCUACGGGACACCCGCAGCGUCCGGGACAUGGAGAUCUACAACACCUCGGCUGCCUGCGUGGAGUUCAAAUGCAGCGGGAUGCUCUUCGACCAGAGCCUGAUCGACCGCACCUUGGUCUCCAUCGUCCCUCAGGGUAGCUGUCGCCGCACCGCCGUCAACAGCCUCCUGCGGGAGUACCUGGGCCGCCACCCGCCGGUGGUGGAGAACAACGACACCGCCGUCUUCAACAUGCUGGCGCCUGUGGACCCACUGGGCCACAACUACGGCAUCUACACGGUCACCGACCAGAACCCCCGACUGGCCAAGGAGAUCGCCAUCGGCCGCUGCUUCGACGGCACGUCUGAUGGCUUCUCCCGGGAGAUGAAGUCCGACGUGGGCACGGCCCUGACCUUCUACUGCCAGGAGAAGCCCGUCACCCGGCAGAGCUUCUUCCAGCGCCUGCUCAGCUCGCCUGUAGACACCUUGACCGAGAUCCGCCGUGAGAUGAGGGGCAACGAGCAACUGCAGGCCCCCUCCCAGGUGGUGGCCUACCCCGCUGGCCUCAGGACCGGGAUCUCCACCCAGACCCGACGGACCCCCAGCAGCCGGAGAAGGAUGGGCCUGAUCCGGGCUCAGCAGUGAGCGGCACCAGCGCUGCUGGCCCCCCACACAACUCGCACAUGCCCCCCACUCUCCCAUUCUGGUUUAAAGACCCUUUCACAACAUUCCCUGGGGUCUCUAACGCAGAGCACCACCUUGCCUCCCUCCCAAAGUGUCCCCCCUCCCUCCCCACCCAAGUCACUGUCCCCCAAGGCUUCUAGAUAAACUCUGCUACUGCCUGUGGGGGACACCAGCCCACAGACUUUCCUCGCAUGAAAUGUCGGCAUGGGGUGGGGGGGACCCUUGUUCCCUAUCAUUAGAACACUCAGGUGGGGGAAGCACCUCGUGGCUGGGAGUAGACCCAGAGCAGGACAGUCAGCAUCGGUCACUGGUCUCUCCAAACUGACUCCUCCCUGCUCCAUUCUCGCUGGCCUGUGGUAACAUCCCACGCCCGGGGCUCUCAAUGGCCCUGAGCUAGCGCGGGCAGGUAGGGCUGGCGCCCCGUGUUAUCCACCCCCUGAGCUUCCCAGCAUUCAUGCAGUUAGCUCAGCGCCACACAUCUGCUCCCAUCUCCUGCUUGCCCCCGCCCCACAACAGGCGGAGGGUGAAUGGGGGGCAUUGCCCCCUCAAACUAGGCCCAUGGUCCCCACCGCUUGCACCAUGCACCGGCCGGGGGCAGCAGAGAGCCAGAGGAUGGUCUGUUACUUACUUUGACCCAGCCAUCAUAUGCUACAGAGGACGCUGCCAGUGUGAGGCGCACAGACCCUCGCCUGGAGAGAACCAGCCCCUGAGUUUAUUUUUUAAACAGGAUAUUUCAGUGGGAACAGGUGAAUUUGACAGGAAUAGCAUCCCCCACCCCUGCUGGCAAGCCUCACCCUCCCUGCAGCAAGAGCAGCAUCUGAAACGGACUAGAGACAAGCGUGAAACUGACCAGCGGCCCUUGUUUUCAGCUUGGGAGAGUGAACAAUGCCGAGAAGCAAAUUAGAUCUUUUUGCAUCCUUCCUAUGUUAAUAUUAACGAGCCAAAGGGUGAUUAGCGCCACAGCUAAGGAAACCCAUAGACACAGAGCCUGACAACAUCCUCUUCAAGCAUGAAAUGCUUCGAUUUGGGUCAGUGCAGCACAGGCCGGAAAUGAAACCCCCUUGGAUGUGCUUAAAGGGAAAGGGAGAAAACUAGAAAUUUGGCAUUCAUUUCAUAGUGCCCCCACCCCGACGCCUGCUAGGGUGCGAAAAGCAACAGAAUUAUAAAGCAAAGCAAACUCAGUCUCCCCUAGAAUAGACACCAGGGCCCCUAGAUACGGGCUUCUCUACGGCAGUACUGGUGGUUGGUACCAGCCCGUUUUUUCAAGCAAUCUUUUCUUUGGUGGGUGGCCAAAAAUUAAAACCAAAAUUAUUUUCUUUCCUCAUUUCCUAUGGGUUGGGUGGGUAAAAUACGUCCUCCCCACGUCUGGUACCGACGUUCCUCCCCGCCGGAAAAGAGGGGAAAUUAAGAAAAAGUGUGUAGGGGGGAAAAUGCCCCUUGGCAAACAGACCCUGAGCAGGUUUCCACGCCAGAACUGGAUACGGCACAUGGCUGCCCCCACUUGACUCACUGCGCCAGACAACCGUAAUGCGCAGUGAUUUGCAGAUCUCCGGCCUUGUGUCCGUCAGCUCCCUGCCCUGCCCAGCCAGGGACCAGCCACACCACAACUGGCACCUCUGCUUGGCUGCAUCCAGGUCAGUGUUGGUCCAUGGAACUGUUAGUGCAAUCAGCCUGAAUGAGUGCAGGGACCUGUCCCCCAGCCAGGCUGCUCCUGGAGUGUCGAAACACAGGGGCAGGGUUCUGCUAGGGACCACGGUCUGUGCAGGACGGUCUGGUUUGCCAAGGCAUGUCGAUAAAUGGUGCAGAUUUGUACAUUAUUUAUUAUAAAAUAUACGGUUGUGUUUUCAUCA